AUGACCGACGCAUUCCGCAAAGACACCCACACCAAGCUUGGUGAGAAGAUGCAACCCCAAUCUUCCAAGUCCACUGGCACCAAGAUCAAGGAGUCUCUCACUGGCACCGGCGACAAGGUUGCCCGCGAGCUCCAGCCCGACUCCUCCAAGACCAACACCCAGUCCACCAUGGACAAGGUCGGCCGCAGCAAGGACAACAACGUUCACGGCUCCACCGGUGGUAGCAUCGUCGACAAGGCCAAGAACACGCUUGGAAUGGGUCACCACACUACCGGAACCCACACCACCCACACCCACGGCAGCGGCUUGUAA